AGACUUCAUAUCCCCAGCCGCCAUCUUCCUCCCCCGGCCGAACCAAAAAGAAGAAGGGUCCUUCCUUCGGGCUUCUUCCCUUUGCCAGACCGUCGCGAAAACUUCCCCGCGCUUUGCGGCGCCGCACGUUAACGGCGUCUAUUGUGUGUGCCUGAUAGGAAGUGAAGGUGGGGAAUAAAAGGCACUACAAUAUUCUCGCACAGUCUGGCAAAGCCACUGGGGCCCGAAUAAUAAACCCAUCAUGGCGUUGACGUGUGUAAAAACAUCAGGCACUUGUAUGGACACCCCCUCUAUCCCUCCCAGCUGCACCUGUCCCAGGUGAGCAGCUCCCAGGGGCCCUUCCUUCACCUUGCAGCAGGCAAUCAGGGCUGCGAGAUAGUUUGGGCCUGGCAGCGUCCUCUCGCCUCUUCCCAGUACUGUGCAGCUGUAGCCAGGAGCCUCUGGAAGGUGUUCCAAGAAUGAAUAAUCCUAUACCUUCCAACUUGAGGUCAGAAGCAAAAAAGGCAUCCAAAAUAUUACGAGAAUUUACAGAAAUAACUUCCGGAAAUGGACCUGAUAAGAUCAUACCAGCCAAUGUAAUAGCUAAAGCUAAAGGACUUGCAAUUUUGUCUGUUAUCAAAGCUGGAUUUUUGGUAACUGCUCGUGGAGGCAGCGGAGUUGUAUUAGCACGUCUUCCUAAUGGAAGUUGGUCUCCUCCUUCUGCAAUAGGGAUUGCUGGCCUUGGUGGUGGAUUUGAAAUUGGAAUUGAGGUCUCAGAUUUAGUGAUAAUAUUGAACCAUGAAAGAGCAGUUGAAGCUUUUGCGAAAGGUGGCAAUCUUACACUUGGAGGAAAUUGUACAGUGGCAAUUGGGCCUUUGGGGAGAAAUUUAGAAGGUGAUGUUGCCGUACGAAGCUCAGCUGCUGUCUAUACAUACUGCAAAUCACGAGGGUUAUUUGCAGGAGUAUCUUUAGAAGGAACAUGUUUAAUUGAAAGGAAAGAAACUAAUCGCAAGUUUUAUGGUCAAGAGAUUCGAGCUAGUGCCAUUUUAUUUGGUGAUGUACCUCGUCCUGCUCAAUCAGAUGAUCUGUAUGAAAUUCUGGAUUCCUUUACUGAAAAAUAUGAAAAUGAGGAGCAGAAGAACAAUGCAAGGAAAGCAGCAUGGGAACAAAGAAAGGCAUCUGAGCCACCUGUUAAACCAUCAUCAAGGCCACAGUCACGUAAGCCACCAGUGUGUCCUGUACCAGGAGAUGUAAAAAAUUCACAGAAACUUUAUCCUGAGCUUCCCAAUUGCCAUGCUUCUGAAGGGAAUUCUUGGAGUAAACCUAUGGAAGUGACGGCACUUUAUUCAUUUGAAGGACAGCAACCGGGUGACUUGAAUUUCAGAGCUGGAGAUAAAAUCAUUAUCAAAAGCAAAACUGAUUCACAGUUUGACUGGUGGGAAGGAAGCAUCCAAGGACAAACUGGCAUUUUCCCAGCCAAUUAUGUUACUAAAAACUGUAACUGAAAUGCAUUCAAUGGCCUUAAUUUUCUUUCUAAACUUUUCUGAAAUAUCCACUGGAUGAUGCACAAUCAAUUUACAAUUUCUGUUUUUACAAAUUAUCCUAUACAAAUUUUUUAUUCUGCUUCCAGUUACAACACUUUUUAAAAAGUUGAUUUUUAUGAAAAAAUUAUAAUGUAAAAAGAUAUAUUACAAGGAUAUUUUGAUUUUUAAUAAGUUAUUUUGUCUUCAGUGUUCUUUCCUUGAUUGAUAAUAAAUGUACUCUAAUAAAUUCAA